AUGCUCACUCAUGGUAUCAGACGACUCCAGGCAAUGUUGCUCGGCCACAAUGUCAGCCCAGAGAAGCUCUACGCUGAGCUGGAGGCGUCCUCAAUCCCGGUCUCCACCGCCGACUGCAGAACGUGUCAGGAUCCAUGCGACGAAGGACAUUUGUCGUACGGACGGCGGUUUGAUGUAGACAUGGAGACUCAGCUGUUGGGAUCAAUAAAGCCGUAUCGGAGGCAGGUCAUCAUAUCGACGGGCAAGUCAGACUGGGAUCGGGACGUUACGGACACCAAGGGCAGCCUGGCGGCGCAUAUACAUACUGUUGCGCACAAGGCAGCUCACUCCUCGGUGUUCCACCACAAAGCAGAGGAAGAAGUUGUUCCGGCGUCUCUGCCUCACGGGAUUUAUCGCCCGUCUGACUCUACAAAAAUAUCAAUACUUAACGGAAACCAUACGACGGUAUCGGAAGACCACACGCAUGAAACCGUCCUCAUCCUUCCGGACUACAAAGUCGUGACGGGUGUCCCUUCUACGUUGCACGGCGCGGAGGCAUUGUAUCAAACGGCCCUCGACCCCUCACUUGGUCGCACCGGAAUACCCCUUGAGAAGGGAACACUCAAAACCUGGGUGCUACCUUAUUCUUGUCUGAUACUUCUCUGCUCUCACAAACGUCGUGAUAACCGGUGCGGACUGUCAGCACCCAAGCUUGAACAAUCGUUUAUCCACUCUUUAGAACAUCAUGGCUGGAUGGCAGAUACCAAACUCGAGGAUCCCUCCCUCACAAUGGAUUAUCCCUUAGAAGAGGUCAACGGCACAGAAGAAGACCGUGAAGCGUAUCUUCUCAAGCACCUAAAGGACCUGCCCUCAGAGAAGAAAGCCCUCAUCCUGCGUAAUUCCCACAUAGGUGGCCACAAAUACGCGGGCAACUGCAUAAUAUACACACCGCAAGGCGCCAGCGUGUGGUAUGGCCGGAUAACACCGCAUGAGAUCGAAUCAAUAGUGGUUAACACCAUCAUUGGUGGCUUGGUCUUACCGCCGCUCCUACGAGGCGGGAUUAACCUUUCCCGACCCGGUUGCAGUACACUGAACGACUGGUAG